AAUGACUUGGACCAGUGCACGGGGAGGGUGUGUGCGAGUGCUCCGCGACGCACUUCUGUAAAAAACGCCUGCGUUACUGUGCGUUUUAACUUUCUUUUGUGUGUUUUCCGCCGAGGUUGAGCCAGUCUUUGCCAGUGUAGUGACUGUGACGCGUGUAAAAGUGUACACGAAGAUUUGGUGGACGGAAAAGAAAUGGAACUUUAAGAGUUUUUAAGAGUGUCUGGAGGUGGACUCAGGGUCAGCUUGAGUUGGAGAGCGACACAGCGUUCCGACUAGCGGCUCUCGCUCUGCAGGCAACGUACGGCGACUUCACCCAUGAGACGUCGACACACUCGCACUUGAAGAAGGCCCAGGUGCUUCCCGCCAGUGUAAUCCGCGACCACCCGUCACUGCAGUAUUGUGAAGAGCGGGUAGCAGAGGAACACAAACAACUAAUUGGGCACACUCGCGGCCACGCUAUCUUACAGUAUAUGAGUGUGGUAGAGCGGGUACCCACGUAUGGCGUGCAUUACUACGAGGUGAGGGAUAGGUCCAACUUACCGUGGUAUCUUGGUAUCAGCUACCGUGGCAUUGCUCAGUACGACUACCUCGACAAGAGAAAACCUCGACGCGUCUUUCUGUGGAAACAGCUUGAGAAUCUCUACUUUCGGGAGAGAAAGUUCUCAAUUGAAGUACAUGAUCCAAAGAGAGUGGUGCACACCCUGAGCUCCUUUAACCUGUACGAGGAUGCCAUCGAAGACUCCAGGGACAACCACGAUGACCUGCUAGCGGCCAUCACCGAAGCAACCACACAAGUAUCUGUGUCAAGAAGAACAUUUGGACCUGGCAACGUUAGUGUUUACGUUUGGUUCGCAGAGACUCAAGCGCUCUGCAAAGCAAUCUGGUCGAUGGCGAUCGCACAGCAUCAGUUCUACCUUGACUGCAAAACCUCAAGAAAUGAGGUGAGUGGGGUUCGGGAAUUUCCCGAACUGGCAGUUGAGCUUUCACGCAGUUGCGUUUCGCUCUCAACUCAUUCCUCCUCGUCAAAUCUAUCAAGAUCUGGCUCCCAUUCAUCACUGGUUAACAACUCUCUAGCAGAGGACAGUGCAAGCACAGAGAGUCUACAUCAGGCAAGGAUGGAGAUGCACAGUGCCUUGAAAGAACGUCGUGAUGCCCUUCAAGAAAAGCUGAAGGAAAAGACAGAAGAAUUGAGACUCCUUUGUUUAAGGGAAGGGGAAUUGACAGGGGAGUUGCCUCCUGAAUAUCCAAUAACUCCUGGCCAACCACCACCAACUGUACGCAAGAGAGUUGGCACAUCAUUUACACUUAGUGAAAAUCUCAUAAAUAAGAUCAUUAACAAACAGGAGGAGACUGUAGCUGCUUUAGAACUUGAAUAUGAAAUUCAGGGAAAAAUAACUAGUGCUGCCCUAAGAUUAGCAAAUGAAACCUCAGCAAGAAAAGGAGUCAGAAAGCAGCGCAAGCUCUCCUACCAACAGUCUGCCCAAAGAUUAAAAGAUCUUGAACAGAAGCUAAAAGCAGCAAGAGCCAAACAAACAGCAACAGCUAACAGUAUGCCAAAGCAAAAGAAGAAGCCUCGUCCUGUAUCAGACAGUGAAGGUGUGGGCGGAUACGAUGAAAAUACGAAUCCGAAUAACACGACGGUAAGUAGUAGUCAAGAAUCGCCUCGAGAUCAUUUACGAGACUCCCACCGAGAAUCAACCAUAACCGAGGGUGUCAGUCUGUCUCCAGCACUGUCCCCUCACCCUCCAGUCUCCCCAAGGUCACCCUUACCACCAUCUACCCCAGUCAGAGCAAGGGCACGGAGGGACCUCUCACCAGGGGGUCACAGUAUAUCAUCUGGAGGUGUUCAUUCUGCUCCAACCAGUCCUCACAAACAGCCAAAUGCAAGCUCAAGAUCAGCUAGUCCCAACAGACCUCAUAGUGGAUACAUCCCUAGUUCUGUGUACACUAGAAGUCAGUACCGCAGUCAGCAGUACCCGACCCUCUCCACGCGCUCCCAGUCAGUCCCGGCGGAUGAGGGUCGGGUGCCACACCCAAGGACCACCAACGGAGCUUAUCCUGUGCCCGAUCCAGGCAUUGUUCUUGCUGAAACACCCGGAGGUCUCUACAACAUACCCCAACAACGCACUUCCCUUGCUUGUCAUAGUCUGGAUGACCUGGGAACCCCAACCCAUAUCAGCAAUAGCAAUAAUAAUAAUAAUAAUACACCCCAACAGUCCCACCAUAACCACCACCACCAACCCUACAGACCGAGAAAUGACUCCCAGGAUAGGUACGGCAGUUUGGACCGACGGCGCGCCAACAACGGGCGGCUGGAGUCACGCAGCAUGGAACACCUCGAUUCUCUGCCCUCCCCCAGUAUUCCCCAGCAGUCUUCCCAACAUACCUCACACCACAAUCACCAACACACACUGUCACCAAAUCUCUUACAUCCCAGCCAUGCAGCGUCCUACCCACACCACCCACACUACCACAAUCACCAAUUCCAAUUGCCAGAACACCACCAGGAAGCCAUGGACACUACAAGCGAUUCCCAUCCUAACACAGCAAACUGUAGCUUUGACACCAUCUCAAGUGAACGAUCAGGAGGAGGUGGAGGAGGAGGAGGAGAUGAUGAUGCAGUGGACGGAGCAGCUCUCUAUAGAACCCAAGGAGGACUCCAAGGAGGCUCCCAAACUUACCGCCACCGUAGUCAGAGUGGUCCUGGCAUGCCUGCACCAUCUUCUCAGCUCCAUCGUGGGACAGGUCAUGGUGCCGUUCAGAGGUCUCAGAGUGGCACAGUUCACAGACUGGUAAGGACUUCUAGUGGAAGAAGUUACAUGGAAACUACAUUUGUUUCAGAGCCAAAUCACAAUCAAGAAAAUAUUCCUCCACUUCGUCCAUCCUCAGAGUUGUUGCCUUUGCGACCAACAAGUAGCAUGCACCAUGAUGGUCACCCUCCCCUUCGACCCACCACUACCUCCAACACUGGAGAGAUCUUACCUUUGAGACCUACUGUAUCAGAUCUCCCACCAUUAAGAGCCACCAAAUCUAGCAGUGAACUACCUCCUCUUAGAGCAACAUGCCCAAAGAUGGAGCCUCCUUGCAGUCACAACUCUUCCAUGAACACAUCAAUGUCAUCAAUGGCUGAAGAACCAUUAAUGUCACUUGCAGAAGCUGCGAGAAUGAAAAAAGAAAGAGGGAAAGAGUGGUAUGAGACCUCUCUAGAUUCCCCAGCUUCUAGUAGAAGGGCUAAAAAGAGCAUGAGCAUGAUGGAGAUGAAUGAUUCUUGCCAGAGUAAUGGUACUGUCAAUGCAAGCCAAUCUAAUUUAAAUGUGAGUGGUAGUAGUGUUGGCAGUACAGGAAGUAGUAAUGGAAGUGUAUUCCCAUCCCGUUCGGAUUCUGCAGACACUUCCCAAACAUCUGUUCCAUAUGAUUCACCACGCAACCAUAUGAUAAUCUCAGCAGGCUCCUUCCAGCCUUCUCGUGAAGUCACAAAACCAUUUGAAAUGUCUGAUUUUUAUAAGUAUAGUACAAAGUAUAGGCGUCAAAGUUCCAGUAAUUUAGUAGGCAUGAACAGUAGCAGUACAGGAACAACAAGUGGCUCUGUUAGUAGUGUGAGUAGUGGAGGGGACACCCCACUCUCUCCAGUCCUGCCUCCAAGAGCACAAGUGCUUGUAAGUAACAGCAAACUGCUUCCUCCAUCACCUAAUUUAGUUGCUCAUCACUCAUCUCCAGCACCACAGCAAAAGGGUGUAUACCAACCACUUACACCACUUACUUGCCAGCCUCUUGGAGUAAUGAAAGGGUCUCCAGCUCCUGGUGAACCAGAGGAUCCUGUUGGUGGUGCAUGGGAAGCUACGCCCUUACAUCAAGCUGUUCCUGCAACAGUAACAAACAAAAGGUCUGCCACAUUGGUCUGAUAGUGUGUAAUACCUCCAAAAUCGUUUUACAGUCUGCAGUAAUAACUGAAGACUUAUGGGAAGAGGCUUAUCAACUCAUUAAUUCCUCAAUGGUGCUUCAUUCACACAUCCUAAAAUUGUAAAUAUAUAUAUAUAUAUAUAUAUGUAUAAAAACUGUAUACAAAAUGAUAUAUAUAUACACUACGAUCACAAAGACAGACAUCUUCAUUCAUAUAUUCCAAAGACAAAGGCAUGCUUCUCACUUUUUUUAUUAGUACUUUUUAUGUUUUAUUUUGAUCUCAUUAUUGUUGUGCAAACAUGCUAAAUGUUUAUAAACUUUCUUAUGUUCAACAAAAGCAAUUAUAUUAUGCCUGUUAAUGUUUGACAAGGGAUAGUGCAGUUCCCUUUUUACAGUUUUAGAACAGCAUGAACUUUCAUGUAUGGAACUUUGAUUCUGACUUUGAAUAGUUGCAUAUUAGUUUACCCAAGACUGGAGAUUGUUAAGGAAAGGGAACAUAAUUUUAAAAACAAGAUUUUAGGAUAUGGAAAAGGUAGAAUAGGAAAUCUUCACCUUCAACUGUGAUAAUGUUUUUUUUUUUUUUUUUAUAUAUGAGAGGACUUACUUCAUAUUGUGACUGUUACAGAUAAAAUAAUUGAAGUAAACUGGAAGUGUUUAUCAUUCCAGUUGUGUUUAUGGAGAGCCAUGCUGCAUUAACUUUGAUAAUGUCAUCAAUUUUUGUACCUGAACUACUGAUUGAACAAAAUACCAUUUAAUAUCAGUUAUGUGAAAAAUGCAUUUAACACCAAAGGUAUGUAUGCUGAUAUCUGUGAAAGAUUAAUCUGCAGCAUUUGGCCCUCAGAUCUUUUCUUCAGUUCCCAAUCAAAGAAAUAAUUAAUAUCAGCACUUCUUGGUGGCUUGUUGAGAGAGGUUACAAGUGGUCCUCAUAGGGAAGUGGUACAUGUAUGACUAAUGAAAAAAGUAAUGUCAACAUGAAGGGAUGUGGGUAUGUAUCCACUUGAAGUCUUUGCAAGAUUGAUGUAGGUGGGUAAAUUUACACAAUGCUACUGAAGUUUUCUAUAUUAGCACAUUUACUUGUUUCAGGAAGAGAUUGAUAAAGAGUCACAUAUUUUAAGAUGGGAAAUUAUUUUCCUGGUUCAAGAGUGAAUUACAUAUUUCCCUAGUCUAUGAAAAACAACCUAUUGCCCAAACUUUAAUGUUUAAUUUCUUUUUUUCCUUCCAAUAAGACUUAAUUGGUCAUCACUGUGCAGAUUGGGAUAUCAUUGAAUCUACCAAAGAAAAGUGCCUUUGUUUAUACAGACACAAUUGUAGAUAUGUGUACAAAAUUUUGUACAGUGUAAUAAAGUCAAAUAUCAUA